CCAUUACUUUGAGAUGGUGACUGCGGGAGGUUUCACGUAAUUACUCACACGCCACGAAACCUGGACUCACGGAGCUCACCUUAACGCUCAGGUGGUGUUCUUACCUCUCACCUCCCGAGUGUCUCUGGUGUAACUGUAGUCUCGGACGCUUCUUUUCUUGUAGUAUUUGUGUGUUUAGAGUGUUUUUUUUACGCUGUUCCUGGUGAGAUGACGGCGCAGGUCGACUACCUGGCGGUGGUUUUCACCGCCACAUCUGGCGCGAGCGCAGAGCUCCUAGGCUCUGACGAGAAGGAGCUCGUGCAGUUGGUUUGGCAGCUGGUGGACGUCAAGAACAAAAAGUUGGGCAGGGUGAAUGAGCUCCUCAUAAAACCUGACUGCUCAGACUUGACAGAGGAGAAAGAGGAGGAGGAUGUGGUGGAGGAGAGUGUUGAAGAGAAGAUAUCUGGGGCAGACUGUGUCUCUACAUCCACCAGCUUUGAGGCAGCUUUAAACCUGUUUCAUUUACAACUGACAAAUGAGGUGAACAGCGCGGGCGCAGGCACGUCAGUUUAUUUGUGUACAGACGGGCAGCUCCACAUUCGCCAAGUGAUUCACCCUGAGGCUGCAAGCAAGAACAUCCUGGUGCCAGACUGUUUCUACUCUUUCUUUGACCUUCGGAAAGAGUUCAAGACGCAAUUCCCUUCAUUUGACCUCAAGGCUUUGAAUGUACACGUCAUGGCAGAGUCUGUUAAUGUACCUGUUGAUGUGCCUCCCAUGUGGGAUCCCUCAUCAGCUCUGGACCCAUCAGCCAUAUUGCCUGCAACAGCAGCAGUACAGCAGGUCCAGAUUAUGGCCAAUAUUAUCCUUGCACUGCUUUCUGAGCCAAACUGUCACACAUUUUCUAACUUGGAGAGAGUCAAUGAAAAAUUUGAGAGUGGAACGUGCAGUAAGAUGGAGAAAGUGUGCGACAACACAGUUAUCAGAGCCAGAGGGUUGCCAUGGCAGUCGUCUGAUCAGGAUAUCGCUCGCUUCUUCAGAGGUCUCAACAUUGCCAAAGGAGGGGCUGCACUGUGUCUGAAUGCUCAGGGGAGGAGGAACGGAGAAGCUCUUGUUCGUUUUGUCAAUGAAGAACACAGAGACCUGGCACUGCAGAGACACAAGCACCACAUGGGCAAUAGAUACAUUGAGGUUUACAAAGCAACAGGAGAAGACUUCCUGAAAAUAGCUGGAGGUACCUCCAACGAGGUAGCAAUGUUUCUUUCCCGCGAGGACCAGAUCAUCGUGAGAAUGAGGGGUCUCCCUUUCACCGCCACACACGAGCAGGUGCUCACCUUCUUCUCCCCGGGAGAUGGUCCUAAAGAGACGUGUCCAGUCAGCGGAGGGAAGGAUGGCAUCUUAUUUGUUCACUACCCGGAUGGACGUCCCACAGGCGAUGCCUUUGUCUUGUUUGCUUGUGAGGAACACGCCCAGUGUGCUCUGAGGAAACACAAGGAAAUCCUGGGGAAAAGAUACAUCGAACUGUUUAAGAGCACGGCAGCAGAGGUCCAACAGGUGUUAAACCGAUACUCAUCGGCCCCUCUGAUCCCUGUGGCCCCAGCCCCCCUGGUGUCAGUGCUACCUGCGGUGUCUCUUCUUCCUCCUCCUUGUGGUUUGCGGGACUGUCUGAGGCUGAGAGGCCUGCCUUACACAGCGAGUAUAGAGGACAUCCUCACCUUCCUGGGCGAGUUUACACAUGAUAUCAGACCACAUGGCGUGCACAUGGUCCUCAACCAGCAGGGACGUCCAUCGGGCGACUGCUUCAUCCAGAUGACCUCAGCAGAGCGAGCACUUCAGGCCUCUCAGCGGCUCCACAAGCACAUGAUGUCCAGCCAGCGGGGCGUGAACAGCCGCUAUGUGGAAGUGUUCCCCUGCAGCGCAGAGGAGAUGGGCCUGGUGCUGAUGGGAGGCUCCCUUUCACACACACAUACACACACACAUACCCGAGGCAGGAGUGGGACAGGGCUCAGCCCGCCGCCAUGUAAGUCCAGACGUUUAUCUCCUCCGUCAUACUCCUUCUCUCCUGCACCACCCAUCUUCCCUACAGAGGCCGCUGCCCUCUACCCUCCCAUUGGUCAGGUGUUACAGAUCCCACGCCUCCUGCCGACAGGACAUGCCUACUACCCGGGCACAGCUCAGCUGUACAUGAACUACACGACCUACUACCCGAGUCCACCUGGCUCACCUACCACAGUAGGUUUCUUCCCCUCCCCCUCCUCCCUCUCCUCUCCAGGGGGGUUGGUGCGUAUGCCGGGUUUGACCUACAGCAGCAAUGGAGUCAAAGACCUCAUUAAUGCAGUGCAGGGAUACCAGUACGCUCCUGAGGAUGCUCUUAUUCACCCACAUGGGCCUGUGCAUGCUCAUGACCCGGCCAGGACAUUGCUUACGCAGCCCAAAGAAUGGAAUCCCAUGGAGUCCGCUUCUCUCCUGAGCAGCAGUCUGAUUGGUCAGUCCGGUGGAGUCGACGCUUCUCUCAUGUCCCUGCCUGCUCUUAUGACCAAACCGGCAGGACAGUACCUGGACCUGACCCUGCUGUAGGGUCACACCCACACAAAGGUCAUGUGACAGUGACUUGUGCUGUAUUGUUAGUUUUUUUUAAAAAGAAAAAUAGUCUUUUAGAUGUGUUAUUUAUAUCUUUAAGAACAGAAAGUAAUGUAUUUUAUAACAAAAUCAUUGUGGCGUCUGCCAAAACAGGAAUUUGUCUUAUAUUGCACACUGUGUAUUUUAAAAGCUUUAUAGAGAUUUUUUUUUUUUAAUACAUGUUAUGAAAAUAUUGUAAUCACUAUGAUAUAUUUGCUAGCCACACUAGAGAAGAAUGACCUAGUAGCAACUGAGCUAAAUCUUUUUGUAAGCUUUUCUGUGAAGAGUGAAUGAACAUGUGAGUGUGUAAAAGACAGGAAUGAGUAUUAUGCAUGACUGUGUUUAUGUGUUUUUAAUAUUCAGUCUGUUUAUGCAAUACAUUUUAUGUUUAUAUUACAUUUGAUGCAGUACAUAGUGAUUGUAUUGAGAGCUUUAGUGCAUGAAGAAGUUAGUAGUAAAAGUAAGAUGUUUACAUUUUGCCAAAUAUCAAUGCACUGCUAAUCAAUACUAUUGAUGUAUAUAAUAGCAGUAUCUUUAAAAUGGCGCUAUGUUACACUGUGAGUUCGUCAAAACUGUCGGAUCCUUGCGUCAGGCUUCGCUUCUGAAAAGGGUUACAUCUCACGCAUCCCUAAUUCACCUCGUAUGAGUCAGUUUCCUUGUUGUGUAAAGCCAAUGUUGUCUUGCCUUUUGUGUCGGGAGUCCCAUCGUAACAAGAGGACAUUCUUAAUCCUUACGAAUAUGUCUGUGACAAGCUCUUACCUUACAUAGUGAAUAUCAGUGAGCCACGAAUGAUUUCUGGCUGAUUUUAUGACACACUUUACUCAGAUGGGAUCACAAAAAAGAUACGUCAUCAGUCCAUCACACUUUCCUUUCACCAUCUAUGCUGCUGCGAUUCAAUAAACAGAUUCUUAUGCAGAAAUCCCAAUGCCAGUUCCUUUUUUUUGUUUUACCAAAUCCUCUGGAAAAUAGAUGGAAAGUUGAGAGCGAAAGGAAGUGAAGGACAUCUCUGAUGUAUGUGUAUCUUGUGAAUUUAACUGCCAUUUGUGCCCUAAAAAAAGUUGCUGUAUGGGCUCCAUGUUGCUUUACACACACCUACAGUAAGACUUCAAACUCCUGCUCAGGAUGUCCUACAGCAGCCAUGCUGAAAAAAACACAAUAAACAUUACAUGAAGUC